UCUUGAAUCAAGUUGGACUGCCGAAGUCAAUCGCAACUGAACUCCGAGGUGGCCGCCAACCAAUUACCACCUGAAGUGGCCACCAAACUGCCGGCGCCGGCGGGACAGGACAGGACACAAACUGGGCAGGGUGCCCUGCCGCCAUGGAUGUCGACGGUUCGAUCUGGGCGGAGUUGGCAGAGGCGGCGGCGCGGAGGUGCGGCCGGCCUGAGAAUAUCCCGCCGCUCCAGACGAAAGGAUUCCGUCGCACUCUCCGCCCACCCGUGACAGCCAGGCUCCUCCAACGCGUGCCGCGGCGGGACGAGGAAAAUAUACAAUCGCGCCAGGAGCAACCCGUGGGAAGCUCGUGCCAGUGUCGAACACCGUGGCGGCUGUUGGUUGCCGGUCCCGAUGGCGAGCGGUGACGGCGGCAACGAGCCUCCGGCGUGGGGGGUCGUCGGCAAGGUGACCUGCGCGGCGUGGAUACGGCGGAGCGGCGGCGGUGCCAACCGCCUCCUGGUGGUGUACGGGCGCGCCGGCACGGCCUCGUCCCCGCCCAUCCUGGACCUCUUCACGUUCGACGCCAGGGCGUGCACGCUCGCCUCUGAACCCCUGCUGCGUGUCACGAUGGGCGAGGAUGACGACGACGCGCCGCGCGCCAUAGCCGUGCACCCCGGCGGCGCCGAGUUCGUCUGCGCCACCGCCAAAGGCUGCAGGCAGUUCAAGUUGGUCUCUGAAGACUUCAGUAUCAACCUUAUUGCGAUGGAUUCUCCACCUCUCCAAUCAGUUGGGCCUCAAAGAUGUUUGGCAUUCAGUACUGACGGUGCUAAGUUUGCUACUGGUGGUGAGGAUGGACAUCUCAGAAUAUUUCAUUGGCCAAGUCUCAGGUUGCUUUUGGAUGAACCUAAAGCCCAUAAAUCCUUCCGAGACAUGGACAUCAGCUUGGAUUCAGUGUUCUUAGCCUCGACAUCCACUGAUGGUUCUGCAAGAAUAUGGAAGAUAGAUGAGGGAGUCCCACUAGUAAAUUUAACUAGAUCAGCGGAUGAGAACAUUGAGUGUUGCUGCUUUUCCAGGAAUGGAAAGAAACCUUUCCUGUUUUGCACACUUGUAAGAGGUAAUGACAUUUUGACUAUGGUUUUGGACAUAACUAACUGGAAGAGAAUUGGAUACAAAAGACUUCUGCGGAAACCUGUUUCCACACUUUCAGUUAGCUUGGAUGGAAAGUAUCUAGCACUGGGAAGCCGCGACGGUGACUGUUGUGUUGUGGAUGUGCAGUCGAUGCAAGUUUCUCACCUCAUCAAGAAGGUUCAUCUUGGGUCCCCAAUUUCCUCUAUUAAGUUCUGCCCUACCGAAAGGAUCGUGAUCUCCACCUCGCACCAAUGGGGAGCUGAGGUAACGAAGCUGGACGUCCCUGCCGACUGGAGAGUGUGGCAGAUCUGGCUGCUACUCCUGGGCUUCUUCGCGGCGUGGGCGGUCGUGUUCUACACCUUCUUCAAGCACACAACCCUUUUGUAACCAUCCCCCUCUGGGGAAAAGUGCCCUCGAGUUUUUCUGAUCAACUAUUGUCAGAAUCGUGGCACAUACGGCUACAGCGGCAGCUUAUCCUCGCGCACUGUAUCAUCGAUUCAUCACACAUUUUUGUACUUGAUAACCCUAUACAUUACGACAUCACAGUGUCUAUUUA